GCGUGCAGCCAACAUGGGCAACGCGGGGAGCAUGGAUUCGCAGCAGACCGAUUUCAGGGCGCACAACGUGCCUUUGAAGCUGCCGAUGCCCGAGCCAGGUGAACUGGAAGAGCGAUUUGCCAUCGUGCUGAAUGCUAUGAACCUACCCCCUGACAAAGCCAGGUUACUGCGGCAGUACGAUAAUGAGAAAAAGUGGGAGCUGAUUUGUGAUCAGGAACGAUUCCAGGUGAAGAAUCCUCCCCAUACAUACAUUCAAAAGCUCAAAGGCUAUCUGGAUCCAGCUGUAACCAGGAAGAAAUUCAGGCGGCGUGUUCAAGAAUCCACACAAGUGCUAAGAGAACUGGAAAUUUCUUUAAGAACCAACCAUAUUGGAUGGGUCAGAGAGUUUCUGAAUGAAGAAAACAGGGGUCUUGAUGUUCUAGUGGAAUAUCUAUCAUUUGCGCAGUACGCGGUCACUUUUGAUUUUGAAAGCGUGGAAAGCACUGUGGAGAGCUCGGUGGACAAAUCAAAGCCCUGGAGUAGGUCCAUCGAGGAUCUACACAGAGGAAGCAACCUGCCCUCCCCGGUGGGCAACAGUGUAUCCCGCUCAGGAAGGCAUUCUGCACUGCGAUAUAAUACUUUGCCAAGCAGAAGAACCCUGAAAAAUUCAAGAUUAGUGAGUAAGAAAGACGACGUGCAUGUCUGUAUCAUGUGUUUACGUGCCAUCAUGAAUUACCAGUAUGGUUUCAACAUGGUCAUGUCUCAUCCACAUGCUGUCAAUGAGAUCGCACUGAGCUUGAACAACAAGAAUCCAAGAACAAAAGCCCUUGUCUUAGAACUGUUGGCAGCUGUUUGUCUUGUCAGAGGCGGGCAUGAAAUCAUUUUAUCAGCAUUUGACAACUUUAAGGAGGUUUGCGGAGAAAAACAGCGCUUUGAGAAGUUGAUGGAACAUUUCAGGAAUGAAGACAAUAACAUAGAUUUUAUGGUGGCCUCUAUGCAGUUUAUUAAUAUUGUAGUCCAUUCAGUAGAAGACAUGAAUUUCAGAGUUCACCUCCAGUAUGAAUUUACCAAGUUAGGCCUGGAUGAAUACUUGGAUAAACUGAAGCACACUGAGAGUGAUAAGCUGCAGGUGCAGAUUCAGGCUUACCUGGACAACGUAUUUGACGUGGGAGCUCUGCUGGAAGAUGCUGAAACCAAGAAUGCAGCCUUGGAGAGGGUGGAAGAACUGGAGGAGAACAUUUCUCAUUUGUCUGAAAAGCUGCAAGACACAGAGAAUGAAGCCAUGUCCAAGAUUGUGGAACUGGAAAAGCAGCUGAUGCAGAGGAACAAGGAGCUAGAUGUUGUUCGAGAAAUCUACAAAGAUGCAAAUACCCAGGUUCACACAUUAAGGAAAAUGGUCAAAGAAAAAGAAGAAGCCAUUCAAAGACAGUCUACCCUGGAAAAAAAGAUUCAUGAACUGGAGAAACAAGGGACCAUUAAAAUUCAGAAGAAAGGGGAUGGGGACAUUGCCAUUCUGCCAGUUGUGGCUUCUGGCACAUUGUCCACAGGGUCAGAGGUGGCAGUGGGUAACUUUGUGGGACCAGCAAUGGGGGUUGCCUCCUCGGGCCCCCUGCCCCCUCCUCCCCCACCACUACCUCCAUCGUCAGACACACCUGAAGCAGUGCAAAAUGGCCCAGUAACGCCACCUAUGCCACCACCGCCACCACCCCCUCCCCCUCCCCCACCACCUCCACCCCCUCCUCCUCCCCCUCCUCUCCCAGGUCCUGCAGCUGAGACUGUGCCAGCUCCUCCUUUACCUCCCCCACCUCCUCCCUCUGCACCCCCGCUGCCUGGGACGUCCUCACCCACAGUGGUUUUCAACUCAGGACUAGCAGAUGGGCCAAUCAAGCUUUUCUCUGUGAAAAUUAAGAAGCCAAUCAAGACGAAAUUCAGAAUGCCAGUUUUUAACUGGGUUGCCCUGAAGCCAAAUCAGAUCAAUGGCACAGUCUUCAAUGAAAUUGAUGAUGAGCGGAUUCUGGAGGAUUUAAAUGUGGAUGAAUUUGAGGAAAUAUUUAAGACAAAAGCUCAAGGUCCUGCCAUUGAUCUUUCUUCAAGCAAACAGAAGAUAACACAGAAGGGAUCAAACAAAGUGACGUUACUGGAAGCAAAUAGGGCCAAAAAUCUAGCCAUAACUUUGAGGAAAGCUGGAAAGACUGCUGACGAGAUAUGUAAAGCUAUCCAUGUAUUUGACUUGAAGACAUUGCCUGUAGACUUUGUAGAAUGUUUGAUGAGGUUCUUGCCAACUGAGAAUGAGGUGAAAGUGUUCCGGCUCUAUGAGCGGGAAAGGAAGCCCCUGGAGAACUUGUCAGAUGAAGACCGGUUCAUGAUGCAGUUCAGUAAAAUUGAGAGACUCAUGCAGAAGAUGACCAUCAUGGCCUUCAUUGGGAACUUUGCGGAAAGCAUUCAGAUGCUGACUCCUCAACUGCACUCAAUUAUAGCAGCAUCUGUCUCUAUAAAAUCAUCCCAAAAACUCAAGAAAAUUCUGGAGAUUAUCUUGGCCCUUGGAAACUAUAUGAAUAGCAGUAAGCGAGGAGCAGUUUAUGGAUUUAAACUUCAGAGUUUAGAUCUGCUCUUAGAUACAAAGUCAACAGACCGAAAGCAAACACUGUUGCACUAUAUUUCAAAUGUUGUAAAAGAAAAAUAUCACCAAGUGUCCCUGUUUUAUAAUGAGCUUCAUUAUGUGGAGAAAGCUGCUGCAGUCUCCCUCGAGAAUGUUUUGCUGGACGUCAAAGAGCUCCAGAGAGGCAUGGACUUAACCAAGAGGGAGUAUACCAUGCACGACCACAACACGCUGCUGAAGGAGUUCAUCCUCAGCAAUGAGGGGAAGCUGAAGAAGCUGCAGGAUGAUGCCAAGAUUGCACAGGAUGCUUUUGAUGAUGUGGUGAAGUAUUUUGGAGAAAACCCCAAGACGACGCCACCCUCUGUCUUCUUUCCCGUCUUUGUCCGGUUUGUGAAAGCCUAUAAGCAAGCCGAAGAGGAAAAUGAGCUGAGGAAAAAGCAGGAACAAGCACUCAUGGAAAAACUCCUGGAGCAAGAAGCCCUGAUGGAGCAGCAGGACCCAAAGUCUCCUUCCCACAAAUCAAAAAGGCAGCAGCAAGAAUUAAUUGCAGAAUUAAGAAGGCGACAAGUUAAAGAUAACAGACAUGUAUAUGAAGGGAAAGAUGGCGCCAUUGAAGACAUUAUCACAGCCUUAAAGAAGAAUAAUAUCACUAAAUUUCCAAAUGUUCACUCGAGGGUAAGGAUUUCUUCUAGCACACCGGUGGUGGAGGAUACACAGAGCUGAUCUUAGAAACCAACCAUACAGACGAGCCGAUGCGGUGAGGAGAAGUGUCAGGCGGCGCUUUGAUGAUCAGAACUUGCGUUCUGUUAAUGGUGCCGAAAUAACCAUGUGAACCUGAGACCUGCCUGUAUGAGUAGAGAGUGCGUGAAUGAAACUCUCCACAUGAACUUUAUGCGCUACCCUUUAACUGCAACCUUGAACAUUGAUAAAAUAUUCUAAGGGCUCAGAUUUAGCAAACACAUAGGAAUUUAAAAAUGACGGGCUCUCCUUUCAACCUUUGUUAACAAGUGCCUAAAAGUGGAAGUACCUGCUCAGAUUAAUCAAAGCAAUAGGGUUUGAUUUGAUUAGGUAUCUUUUUACACCAGUAUAUUAUCCAAUUUUUUAACCAAAAUGUAAAUUUCGUAUUACAUUCAUUAUCUGCCAUUGUGAUUGUCCCAUGAUGGCACACCCUGGUUUCCUGAUAAGUUGUAAAUAACGUGGAUGUAAUCUGCUCUGGGUUUCCUUUGCUGAGAUGUCUUAAGGAAUUUUGUGUUUUAGCCAUACCCAUCAACUUUGUAUUUUAAAGGGCUUGCAACAUGGAAGAAGGAAAAGGUCACAUGACAGACUGCUGUCCAUAAGCAAGCCCCAGCAAAGUACAAACAGGAUGUAUUGCAGUGGCACAGGAUAAGUCCCUCAACUCUUAUCUCGUUACACAUUCUACUUCUGUGCUAGGGUUAUGAUGCCCUGUGAGAAAAGUUCACCGGUAUGAAUGCAAGGAUAUAGUGGCAUACAGAUUUGUGUAAGACUUAUUUGCAGUACUGUGUUCUUCAGCUAGAGGCAGCUUUUAAAAAAAAUAAUGCAAAUGUAUUUAUUAAUUAGCACUAAAAUUAACAUCUCAGUAAUCAGUAUUAGGAUUUCUGAGGACUAUUAUGGGCCAAUCCUGAGAAUAGAAAUUGGUGCCUUGCUAGCCAGGGAGAAGCUCACUAGCUUUAUCAACAAGCAUUCAAGAUUACUUCUGCUAGCUAGUAGUGUUAGUUAACCCAGCCUUAUUCUGACAAUCGCAAGUUUUUUUCCCCCUUCUUCUUCCUUUUAUAAAUUGGAUAUAUUUUGCAUUACGUAUCAAAGCUAAAUUCUUGUAUUUCCCACAUUACUUUAUGGGAAAUUGCAAUUAAAUUGCUUGAAAUAUUCACAUUGGGAUUAAGCUUACAUGAUAGGUAAUGGGACUAAAUCAAUGGCCAACUAAGCCACUGUUAUUUUUCCUUCCUCUCUGGCAGGGCACUUGAUCCAUUCCAAAGUCAGAAACUGGACUAAAGCUAAUUUGUACUUUCCAUAAUAUACAUUCUGCUUCUGGCUUACCUUCUUGGUACAUUACAUCAAUAUAUUAAUUGUAAAGUUUAUUGUAUAGUAUUUAACCACUGAAUCUUAUUUUAUGUUGUGCUUAUGUGAGCUCCUUGGUGAAGGUCCCAUUUUCCUUGGAUAAUGUGUAGUUAUAUGAUCUUUUUAAAUGUACAGAUAUUUUGCUAUAAAAUUGGUGCAGUUUUUUAUGGUUUUUACACUUUAAUUCCCACCUAAGCCUCUGGGUAAUAUUGUAAAUAUUGUUUAAAAAUGCAUCAGCCUGUGCUAUACAAUCUGAAUGUUAUUUUAACUUAUAGGUUUUUUUUUUUUUUUUUUUUAAUAUAUAUAUUUAACUACAAGGACAGUUUAGGGAUCAGUUACCACAUUUCACUUUAGCAUACCUAUUUACAAAAAAUUACUUUUAAAACUGCCACCUGCUAGCACAUUUUCAUAAAUGUGUACUUUAAAAAGAACAUGCUGAGAUUUUGUCUGUUGACUCAACAUUCAUUUUGGUGAAAAAAGCAAUUUGACCAUGAGCUACAACACAAGUAGUCGGCCCUUUAUCACAAGCAGCUGUUUUCCAAAGCUCAGUGCUAAUGAGCAUAUAUUAAAAUAAUUAUUUAUUAAUCUACAGAUAGACAAUAAUGUUGGCAUGUUCUUUUGUUUAUUAAUGGGCCUGCUUAGCAAUAUUAGAAAUGUUUUAUAAAAAAGCAGUUCAUGUUACUUUUCUGGUCUUUUCAUGGCAUAUGAGCAAAUAAACUAUUUACACUACUA